AGCUCUCAAGGACCUCCCUUGACGGUGUUAUCUUCUUUCUUGCACCUCAAUUGGCGCCGAUAGAUUGGCGCAGUACGUCCUCGAUCAUGUCCGAGGUCAAACCCACCGUGUCUGAGGACUCAUUCGAGUUCAUUGAGACACCUCCUGCGGCCACUCCUAAUACGCCUACUGAGAAUUAUGGCGUGAGGACGACGGCGUAUCCUGCUAUCAAAAAUGCUCCUCUCCCUGCCGAUGCCGCUGGCAGCGAAAGCUUCAACAACAAGCUUCUUUUCUCCCUCCUUCUGUUGAUCCCCCUCUACUUUGCUAGGAAGGUUGGUGGCGGCCUCAAGACAUGGCUCUUCUUUGCUAUCUUGACUGCCAUUCCUAUCUUGAUGGCCUUCUGGACUGUCGCGUCCAGUAUGUCCGCCCGCAAAAAUGAGAAGGCGCGGUACCCUGGCCGCGGCGUUGACCAUUACCUUCAUUUCCACGAUGCGGCCGACAGGGCGCGCUACCACGGAAAGAGCAAGAUCCCUAUGGAGACCUUCCACGAAAUGUAUUUCGCUGGUGGUGUUGAUUUCAAGGGCGACGCUCUGGAGAUUCUGGAAUACCGUCACGACUGGGCCAACUUCAGGUUCACUCUGAGCCUAUUUUGGUUUUUCCUGACUGGCAUGAUUCCUGAGGUUAUCAUGCAUACUCGAUCCCAAGAUGAGGAGCAAGUCCGCGACCAUUACGAUCGUGGAGAUGACUUCUACGGCUGGUUCCUCGGCCCUCGCAUGGUCUACACUUCUGGUAUCAUUUCUGAUAUCAAUAAGGAGGAGUCCCUUGAGCAGCUCCAGGACAACAAACUCGGAAUCGUGUGCGAAAAAAUUGGCCUGCAGCCUGGUGAAACUAUGCUCGACAUUGGAUGCGGCUGGGGUACCCUCGCCAAGUAUGCUAGCGUUAAUUACGGUGCUCACGUUACGGGUGUUACCCUUGGCCGUAACCAGACGGCCUGGGGAAACAAUGGACUGCGCAAGUCUGGUAUCUCUGCCGAGCAAAGCAGAAUCCUCUGCUCCGACUACCGCGACAUUGUUGUUCCCGAGAAUGGCUACAAGAAGAUUACUUGCUUGGAGAUGGCAGAGCACGUCGGUGUUCGCCACUUCUCAACGUUCCUCCGCCAGGUCUAUGACAUGCUCGAUGAUGACGGUGUCUUCUUCCUUCAGAUUGCUGGGUUGCGCAAGAGUUGGCAAUACGAGGACCUUAUCUGGGGUCUUUUCAUGAACAAGUACAUUUUCCCUGGUGCCGAUGCCUCUACCCCUCUCGGCUGGUUCGUUGAUCAGCUCGAGGGUGCCGGUUUUGAGGUGAAGGGAAUUGACACGGUUGGUGUUCACUAUUCCGCCACCAUUUGGCGCUGGUACAGAAACUGGAUGGCGAAUCGGGAGAAGGUAGAGGCCAAGUAUGGAAAGAGAUGGUUCCGGAUCUGGGAGUACUUCCUCGCAUACUCUACCAUCAUUGCCCGACAAGGAUCGGCUACUUGUUACCAGAUCACCCUCGUCAAGAACAUCAACUCAACUCACCGUGUCGAGGGUAUCCCAACCCAAUUCGGCCUCAGUGGUGCUCUCGGCGCCUCCAAGGCUACUCAGGCCGCCAAAGCAGCGAAGGAAGUUACCGGUGCUUUGACUGAGAAGGUUGGAAACCUCCUAGGAGCUCAGUAAUCUCCUUAAAAAAAAAUUGAGGAGUAUGUCCAGGUCUUAUUAGUCGGUGGAAGAUGGGGGACCUGGGUAAACGGGGAGCAGGCAAGUGCAGGAACGUUAAUAAGGACGGGCAGGGACUGCGUAGACGGAAAAGCUUGAAUGAUCAAAAGUUUCCAAAUGAAUAAUUUACCGUAUCUUAGACUUCUGGCAUUGGAGAAGGCACAAGAAGUUACUAGUAUAUGAAGAAUUCGUGGUGGAGGAUAUCUUGUGCGCUCCCUCUAAUGGAUUGAAUUAGUGAAAUGAUUGGAUGAUUAUACAGCUGUAUGAAACGAGCUUCAGCAAUAGUACGGUUUUCAUCAAUGCCAAAAGAGCAG